AUGGUUUGGUUCAACCGAGCAGCCCUCCUAUUCAGCAGUGCGCUGCUGGUGGCCGAUGUGGCCCCAGUCAGCGGCGUCCAGACCAUCAUUCCAAAGACAAGCUUUGACUCGCAGUCGACCUUUGACACAUACUGGAAACCCUACUAUCCUUGGGGAACCGACCACAAUGGCUCGGCGCGUAUGAACAAGACGAAUAUUCAGGUCAGCAACGGCGUGCUCACAUUGACUGCUAAAAAGGUCACUGGACAGCCGCCAGCGUCACAUGGCGGCAAGAAGAUCGCAAUCAACUACUUCAGCGGUGCAGUCUACGCCAAGCAUCCCUUUAACGUCACGAGCGGCGGCGGCUACGACUAUAGUGCUGAACUGAAGGCAACGACUACUAGGGGCACAUGGCCCGCUUUCUGGCUGACAGCCGUCCAUGGCUGGCCUCCCGAGAUCGAUAUGGCUGAGUGGAAGGGUAGCGGAAAGAUCAGCUUCAACACAUUCAACACGAGCUCCGUGGUUGCCGCGAAGGAUGUUGAUUACCCAGACCCAGGCAGCUUCCAUAAGAUCAAUGUUCAAACAAGAGAUCUGAACGGAAAGGACGUCCAGAUCAAAUUCUACAUGGACGGCAAGCUGGUCGCCACUCAGACCGGUGCCGGUUAUACCGGAAAGCCAAUGUGGCUGUAUCAUUAA